AGAAUUUACAGAAACUUCGACGUGUUUGUUGUUUUGUUAUUUCAAUAUUAUUUCGGUUUUGAUCGGAAGAAGUUGCUAUGCGCCGUUUCAGUAGCUUUUCGGUGUAAAUAGUUUAAUAUAAGCUGAAUUACGCCGUUUCAUACACGAAAUUGCUGUUGAAUUUGUUUGGUUGUCACCGAUUCAUGCCGUGUCGUGAUUUGAUGUUAGGGUUUCGUUUCGAUAGAUAUAUAUAUAUAUAUAUAUGUAUAUAUGAUUGAAGGAUCAUGGCCAUGGACAGAGAUGAGCAAGGAGACGACCUCCAUGUUACGAUUCCGCUGGGUGGUCCAAUAUAUGUACAGGACAUGGUCGGUCCACUGACAAGAGUACCGGAUUUCGAAAGUAUGGUAUUUGUAGAACUUCAGAACCUGAAAUCGGAGCUUUCGGGAGACUCUACGGACACAUUCAAUGAAGAAAUUUUGGUUGAUGAACUAAAAAUAAUCACGGAGGAUGAGUUGGUCGCUAAAGCAUUUGAAGAAGCUUUCAAGGAUGGUCAAUUGUCUGAAGAUGCUUCGAAAGCUUUGGUAGAGCAUUUAAGCCCCAGGUCAGGGGACAAUAACAUUGCAGCUGGCCCUAACUCUGUAUGUCCACAACAUUCUGAAAGUGAUUCAAAGGCGAUGGUCUUAUAUGAAUCCUCAGACACAGUUCCAGUUGGAUCUUGCAGCAAUCAGAAAACAAAUAAACACACUUUAGGAAAGAGGAAGAAGAGGACAUGUGGCAACAAAAACAAAAACUCAUUUGAUGAAAGUUAUAUGGCGAAGGUCGAACAACUUGCUAAAAUUAAGCAAAAUCAAGAAGAACAGAAAGCUUCUGUAAGAUUGCAUUCGUUUGAUGGUAGUUCUAGAGGCGCCAGAUGUGGUGCAGCCACCAAAGUUGAAAGGAUCACAUCUCUGAAAUCUGCCAGUGCUUCGACACAGGUCAGAGCCUCAAAUACUUUUGAUAAUGUACCAGUGCAUUUUCCUGAGUCUGUCCUGUGUUUUGAGAUUUACCACCCGCGAAAAGCAUUGCUGAAGACUCAAGAAUUCUUGGUUCUCGGACAGCAAUUUCUUACAGAAGUGAAGGACAAAAUAUAUUGUUCGACAGAUGACUUAAUGAAAAAGGAUGGGAAACACAAUCCCUCCGGCUACUUCCUGAUUGAAGAUGUUUUCUUUAAUGAUACAAGGGACCCUUCUGCUGUAGACUAUAGUAAGCCAAUACUUGAUUGGCUCGAAAACUCUAAGGAUGAUGCUCUUGAAAAGUGGGAAUAUGUUACUUCUGGUGUAUCACACCAGAAGCAAAAGGCGCUUUUGGGCAGUGAAAAGAAACAACAUUUGCCAAGGUUGAAAUCCACGGAAAUGCAGACUACAAGAUUCCGUGAUAUUAGAUUUCGGGUCGGUGCCGGAUACAUUUACUGCCAUCAGGGGGACUGUAAACAUGUAAUUGUAAUACGAAAUAUGAGGUUGAUUAAUUCCGAGGAUGUACAGAACCGAGCAGCUUAUCCCCUCACAACUUAUCAACCAAAGCUGCGCUACAGGAAAUGCUCGGUAUGCAAAAUUUACAGGGCAGAGAAGAUGACAAUCGACGACAAAUGGGCGGGGUCGAAUCCCUGUUACUUCUGCAACGUUUGUUAUUAUAUGCUUCACUACGGCGAUGGAAUGCUGCUCUAUGGCGAUUACAGAGUCUACGACUGUCAUCAUGAUUUGCUCGGCGGAUUCGACAAGUGAUCCAGUGAAAAUGGUACGCUGCUUUGUAGUUUUUCUUUCUGGAAAUCUGAAAGAGUUUAUAUUCUAUGAUGAGGUUAAAUUUUACAUGAGUUCUUGGAUUAGAUUUAUUGGGUUUAGGUUUUCUUUGAUUUCUUGAUAUGUUUAUUCAUUUGUACAUUUUUAAAUUUUGGGGAUUCGAAUUUUGUUGGAAAAUUUAAUUUGUAUCAAAGGGAUUUUCGUUUUUCUUGAACAUGUGCGAAAUUUGUAGAUUAUAUA